GGUGGUGGAUCAUUGUGUCGUGACAGCUGGUGGAGAGCGGUCGGACGCGCCGGGACGACUCAAGCGGAAAGGACAACGCACGCUUACGCACGCACAUGCAUUUGUCCUCGAAGUGUGAGAUGUUUGGUCAGAAGUAGUGAACUGCUCGCAGAUAGUGUUCGAUAAGAAAUGAUUUAUAAAUACACGGAUUUACCGUUCUGUUAAAACUGAACAAAUAACAAAAUUCGCAAUAAAUAGAAAGAAAAUUUCUGCGGUUACAGUAAAGCAAAAACAAAAAUAAAGUACCCAAAACAAGAAACAAACCAGUAGCCAUGGCGAGCGUCAUGAAAAUGUUCCACAACUUCAAGAGCAGCCACCUCCCUCGGGGCAAGCGGUGCCAGACGAUCUCGGCGCCCGCCCCAGCCUCCCCGAAGGACCAGGGGAGGGAGGACCCCGAGGGCGCCCCGUCCAGCGACCUGGUGAACCGCAGGAAGGUGUCCAUCUCGAGGAGCGGAAGAUACAGGGAGAACCACAAGAAGAGGAGCGCGCUGCCGGACGACACGCGUUGCAGUUCCGACGACGACCACGCGAGUCCGAAGGUCGCGACCCGGGCUGACACCACGACAAAGGAUCAGAAGAACAAAGAGAAUGAGAAGAGCAGAGCGAAUGAGAAGAACAAGCAGAACCUCGUCCGCCGGGAAAGCGCCAUCAGCGUGACCGACGGACACGCGGUCGCUGACGAGAUCGAGUCCCUGGCCAAGAAGAUGACCAUAGAAAACGUACUUCAGACAUCUUUAUAGCUGUAACUGUGAUAUAAUUUAGUAGGACUUGUAUUAAAAUGUGAUAUUUAGAAGAUACCUGUAUUAUAACAUGUUCCCCCGUGACCCUAUAUCGCUUCAGUAUUUGAUUUCUGUUGUAGAUAUAUUCCGUUUUGUGUCAUUUUUUUUCUGGUUCUAUAUAAAGUGAACCGAAAUGGCUUUACAUGCGAUGCAAGUAGUCUUAUAGCAAAGCUUAUGGAAUCUGGUUUAGAACAAAAUUACAGCUUUGCAAAAGGGAUUUUUUUUAAUCGCGUGAAAUGCUUUUAUGUCAGUAUCAACAUAACAAGGCAACGUACUUUCAGAGAAAAAUAUCCUCUCUCCACAUGAGUCAUUAGUUUCCAAAGGUAUAGCUGUUAAAUAUAACACAGAUAAGCACGAGAGUCAGUGAUAUCAAUCGUUACGUAUCUUGAUGAAGUGUACACUUUAAUCUUCGUAACGAAACAUGAUUAGCGAGUGUCAACGAUGAGAUAAAAGUUGAAGUAGAAGGAUUAUAUUGGCACCUUAAUCCACACUUUUUUCUUUUUUCUUUUUAUUAAUCACACUUGACUCACCGUGUAUUUUCAUUUUCUUUUUUAUCAGCGGAGUUUUUCAUUUUUUUGUGUUAUCAUUAACAUUGCCGUUUAUCACGCCUUCUUUCAUUUCAUACUUAUCAUUUCUUUGGUUUUAGAUAUUCAUGCUCUUUAAUCAUCGAAAAAAACAAUUCAUAUUUAACAGCUGAAUGAAAAUGGAAUAAACUUUUAUAUCUGAAGCGCGUCUAUAACGAAUGAUCUAGUUGUAAGUAAUUUUAAAGUUUUUUUUUUUCUCAAAAUAUUUCCUCUUCGCUUAUUGCUCCUAAAUAUUAUGUGAAAUAUAUUUACGAGAAUACAUUCAUUUAUUGCUGAGCAUUCAAAAAAUAUUGAUACAGAGAUAAAUAAAAUGAACAUUUGAUGUUCACACGGAACGAGAAUUUCAAUGGAGGAAAUUGGCUAGAAGGAAAUAUUUUCCCAUGUAAAUAUUACAUAUAAAUGAAGUUAUAUAAAGUAUAUGUAUCAUCCACUGUUUCUGCUAUUGUGAUUCACACCAAUAUAUCACGUGACCAUUGUAUUAAAGACGCAACACCUUAGUGCAGGUUAAUGCCCCAGAAAGGUUAAACAGAAUCUUAAUUUCAAAAAAGAUUUAUUUAUUCUCGAAAUGAAUUCAAAAAUAACAUAAAUACACAGAAUAAAUACAGACUUCGUUUCUACGGUUUGGCCAACGCCUAUGGAAGCUUAUAGGUUUAUAUAUAAGCAUUAAUUUAGGCGGUUUGUUUAUCCUUUAUUGAUAUAUUGUCUAUAUACAAGACAUUUAUAUUUGUACCGUUUGUACCUCUCAGAAUAGGAAAUAAAACUGUACUACGAGA